CUGUCUGCACAAGAGAAAGCAGUUGUGGGAGAAUUUUAACUGAAGUUAUAAACAAUCCUUUACUGAUGACUGUAAGCAUUUGGCUGAUACCUACAGUUCUAACAGAUGUGGAUGCAAUUUAUAUCUGAGGACUAAAGACAAACUAGAAACAGUAAAGCUUCUCACUAUUCCAGAGUUGUGGAUAUAUGACAUCACUGACAAUCUCUGUGCAUGAAUGGGGGAAGUUAUGUGGUCACUGCAUUAAGUUCUAUAUUGGGAGUUGCUUGACUGACACUGAGGGAGACUUGGAAAACAAGGAUCAAAAUUCCAAAAAAAGUAUUCAGGUGCUGUACCAGAGUUUGAGACGUACAAUACGAGUAGAUGUAAUGCGAUGGCUGCUUUAGAGAAUCCUACUCAAGGGAACCAAAGAGAUAAUGAAGAAGCCCAUCCAGAGCAAAGUCCAGGAACACAUGGAGCUGGACAAUACACCAUGUUGGGAAAGGCACACGAGUUCUUUCGGAUCUGUGACAUAGAGGACAAAGGCUACAUCACACGCCAUGAUAUGCAGAGGCUUCAUGGUGAGCUGCCUCUUAGUCUUGAUGAGCUGACAAAGGUCUUCGACACGUUGGAUGCUGAUGGCAAUGGCUACCUAACCUUGGAAGAAUUCACUUCUGGAUUUAGUCAUUUUUUAUUUGGAGACAAAUCCCAAACGAAUGAACCUUAUGGAGAACCCACCGAGGAACUAGAGUUUGGAAAUUCUUAUCAAGCAAAAUGGGAGGAAAACACCCAGAAAAUGGUAGAUGAUGACAACACUCAGUUCUAUAAUCUAAUUGACGGUUUAGGUGCAAACAAGUUCCUGGAAGAUGAAAAUCAGAUUAAAAAAUUGUGGAUUGAGUUGAGGAAAGAAGAGCCACAUCUGCUUUCAAGCUUUGAAGAAUUCCUCAUCCGCGUGUUCUCCCAACUCCAAGAAGCCAAUGCAGAAAAGAAUGAACUGGAAUGCGCACUUAAGAAGAAAAUAGCAACUUAUGAUAAUGAAAUUCAGAAUUUAUAUGAAGAGAUGGAGCAACAAAUAAAGACUGAGAAAGAGCAAUUUUUGCUACAAGACACCGAACGAUAUCAGUCACGCAGCCAGGACCUUGAGCAAAAACUUGCAUCUAAAGAACAUGAAUUAGAACAACUCAUCAAAAAACAGAAGAGGCUGGAGAAUCAAUGUACAGAGCUAAAUAAUGACAAAUAUGAAACAAAAGCUGAAAAUGAAAAGCUGAGAUUAACAAAUAAAGAGAUGCGAAGAGAGGUUGAAAGGACAUCUCAGGAGCUAUUGACUGCUCAGCAGCAGCUGAAGAUUUUACAGGAAGAAGCCUCCCAGUUGCAUGAAGAAAGAGAAAUGGAGGUAUAUAGGGUUACAGAGAGCUUACAGAGGGAAAGGACAGGUUUGCUUAAACAACUGGAACUAUUAAGGGAAAUGAAUAAGCACUUAAGAGAUGAACGAGAUAGUUGUUUACAGAAAUCCAGAGCAAAUUCUGCAAAGUCUAUGCUUAGUCAACGAUCAGGAUCUAUAAUUGGCAAAUAUUUUGACAGGAAGCCAUCAGUGAAAAGUCAGUCAUCUGAAGAAGAAGAUGUAUGUAAUCCUAGAAGGAAUUCUAUUGGACUAAAUGGAUAUUUUACAUCGACCGAAAACGACAGCAGUUUAGAAGUCAAACCGGGCAAAGCUCAGUUGUUCCAAAGAAUAAUAUCAAUUGAGGAAGAUCCUCUACCCCAAAUUCAUGAAAUCCAGCAAGACAAGUCAUUAAAUAACUGGAAGGAGAUAGAUGAGAGAAAAGAGAUAAAUGAAACACUGGCAAACACUAAAAAAGAUAACCAGGUUCCUGGAGAAGAUAUGCCUUCUUCCCCAAGGGGACAACCAGUAGGAAAAGAAACAUUGUCCAGUGAGGAACAUGGGCACUCUCACCCAGAUCGCUUAUUUAAAAUAGUUGUGAUUGGAAAUUCCAGUGUUGGAAAAACAUCAUUUUUGAGAAGAUUCUGUGAUGGCAGCUUUUCCCCUGGAACGUCUGCUACUGUCGGUAUUGAUUACAGCGUAAAAACACUAACAGUAGAUAACUCUCAGGUGGCACUGCAGCUUUGGGACACAGCUGGACAAGAAAGGUACCGCAGUAUCACAAAACAAUUCUUUAGAAAGGCAGAUGGUGUUAUUGUAAUGUAUGAUAUUACAUCCAAAGAAACAUUCACUGCAGUUCGGCAGUGGCUGACAAGUGUAGAGGAGGCAGCAGGUGACAAUAUUCCUAUUCUUAUGCUGGGUAACAAAACUGACAUUGAGAGAGAAAGAGAAGUUCCGUGUGGAAUCGGGGAGCAUCUAGCUAAGGAAUGUAACUUGAUUUUCUAUGAAUGUAGCGCAUCAAGUGGGCACAAUAGUAAAGAAUCUGUUAUGCAUUUAGCAAGGAUUUUAAAGGAGCAAGAAGAUAAAGUAAAGGAGAAGACUGUUCAUUUACUUGACCCUCCAAAGAAAAAAAACUGCUGUUCAAGAAACUGAUUUUUUUUAAAAACAUGUUCACAUUGAAUAUAAUACUUACCAUAGAUUUGUACAUUUUGCAUAUUCUCUUGAAUAUUUUUCUUAUUUAGAAGUGAUUAUAGAAAUGACAUCUUAGGGUUGGCUCUUCUGACAUUUUAUCUUUUUCCCUAUUAACUGAAAAGUUUGUACACAUUUUGCUUCUUUUUCUUCUUUUAACAAACAAUGUUAUGGGAUAGAAAACUUCCACGCUCAGAAGCUGGGAAAAAAAAAUAUUCUCAUAAACAUAAGAUUAGUAUCUAAAUUUUAAUGAAUCACUGCCAUCUCUUUUAUUGAUUUCUUUGGAAUUUUACAACAUAAAACUUUCCAAGGACUCUGGAAUAAUUUAUGCUUAUUUAAAUGUCUUAACUUUGAUAGGAAGUUUUAUAUCCAUUUAAGGUCCCAAAAAAGUUUGCAAUUUGAUUUUGAUUUUGAAAAUUAGCUGUAACAUUUGUGUUAAACUACUAGCAAGUUUGCAUUGCUAAAAAUUUUAAAAAUGUAAAAAUCUUACUGACCUUUACCAGCCUGAAAAUUGAUAGCUCUUUUUUUAUGUAAUUUAUACAUUUCAAUGUCAGCAAAGAUAUAAAGAAUAUAAAUGAAUUAAUUUAAGAUUUUUUUUUAAUUAAUGAUAGGCACAAAAUUCUUUUUUAAUAAGCCAAAAACUAAAACAUUGUCAUUUUUUUACACAGUUGAAAAGCUAGACUUUUUAAAAUAAUAUGCAUAUUUUAAUUAAGAUUGGGCUAGUGGAGUGUAGCAAUAGAAUUAGUUAUCUUGGCAUAUAAAAUGUUUUGUUUGUUAAUUAAGUUUGUUAAUUUCGUAGUGAAAUUUUUCUUCCUAGUUUUUCAGUGUAAGAAUGAAACCUACAUUAAAAUAUGUGCUGCUAAAAAUUAUUUAAUUAUAAUAAUAAUAAUUAAUAUCUAGUAUUAAUACUUUACCUUGUUUUAUAAAUUGAGACUACUGCUUACAAUGCUUAUAAAUUUAUUUGCUGAAUUUGAUUGCUGUAUUUUUCUAAAGAUGUUGACUUUCAGGGAAGUAUUUUGCUUAGGUGAUACUUUAUUGUGUAAUUGUUUUAAAAGAGAUAUUUAAAUAUAUUUAAAAUUAGUGCAUAAUUUAUAGCUCAGGACCAUGCUCUGUAUAUAUAUUUAAAAAAAAGAAAAAAUCAUUCUAUUUUAAGACAUACAUUUUAUAAAAAUAGAUUUAAAGUAUUUAAAUGUGUUAAUAUGACAAAAGAAAAUAACAUAUUCAGGCAAAUUCCAGUUUUAGAAAUGUUUAGACUAGUGCCCAAUUCCCUGACCUAUUUUAAAGGAUUCUAUCAUUUAAUUGUCAUAGUAUAUUGUAUAUGCACACAACCAUAUAUAUAUAUUUUAAAAACUUAAAUUUUUACACUAAUUGGUGCAUAUUUAUGAAUUUAUGUAUGACUCAAUUAUAAAUAUCUGUUUUGCAACAUAUUUCAGUGCCAUUAUGUACACACACAUACACAAAUGUUGACGGGUAAACUAUAUAAGUAUUUUCCAACCCUAGGAAAAUUCUUUAUAACUAGUAUAAGUGAUUUUCAUGGAAACAAUGCAUUACUUAAUUGUUUGCAGUAUAUUAAGUAGCACUGAUGCUAUGUGAAAUAUUGCCUGUAAUAAAACUUUUACAAUCAAAGGAUACAAUUACUAAUAAAAAUAAUUUAAUCUAUUCA